GUCGCCAACCCCACUACCUUCGCCAAACCCACUACCAUCGUCAAACCCACUACCAUCGCCAGGCCCACUACCAUCGCCAAAUUCAGCACAAUCUCCAUAUGAUUCACCGUUAUUUAGCCCGGAUAAUCAGUAACAGAUCCUCUCAUGCCGACCACUGCUCUAAGCUCAAUAACAGACACACUCCAACUAGGCUUGAUCUGGGUUCCUGGUCACAGGAACAUUUUCGGUAACGAAAAAUCAGACGAGUUGGAAAAGGAAAGCAGGAGGAGGAAUCCGAGGCGGAGCUAAUACCAAGCCGCUAGGGUCGAUCAAAAGAGAGAUCAAUAGACAAUUUCAACAAGUUGCGAAUAACAGGUGGAAAAACAUUGCAAAAUGCAGCAUAACGAAACAAUUAUGGCCAACUUAUGACAGGAAAAGAACUAACGUCUUAUUAAAUAGGGCAAGAAAAAGUAUCUACAGAGUAACAGCCACCACAACAAGGCACUGGCCACUUGGAGAACAUGCGUCCAAAAUGAGCAUGCCCUACAAGGACAUCUGCCGGGGCUCCGGAGUAGCAGGGAACAAAGAAACAUUUUUCCACUUUCUCUGCGAAUGCCGAACCCUAGCAUAGAUUCGACACAAACACUUGGAAUAGCAGAUACAGAAGGUGCUACGAAUAGUGCAACAAAAUGGCACAUCAAGUGAUAAAUGAGCCCGAUAGACAACAAGGCUGCACUCCUACCUAUCUAGGAUAAAAAUCCUUCCAAGCCCCUACACUUGUCUAUGUCCUUCUAGAUCCUAUACAAAAAAGGAUACUUUAAAGUAUAUACAUAAUUCAACAAGGGCAUAAGUCUCAUUCAAAAUAGCAAGCGAAGUAACAGAAGAAACUUAAAAAAUAAAAAGCAAUUAAAAAAUUGCAGAAGCACAAAUAACUGCACUACAAACAACGAUUAACUUCUAUAGAAUCCAUGUCACCAACGAUUCGUGCGCUAGUGGAAGAGCACCUAUGUUCCUAAAACAGUCCACAAGAAGUUGACUUAACAUAAGUAUUUAAGAUGAUAAAGACGUUUUCAAGAGAUUGGUUCAACGUGUCAACCAAAUGAAAACAGAAAAAAAGAUAUCAAGUCCAUAUAUAACGAACCAGGAAGAGAGAUACAUGAGAAUCAUCCCCAUUUUUAUAAGGCACCACGGGCUUCCGACACUCCAAUGCAUAGCACCGAAUGGUAAGCUCGUGUAUAUACUGGUCGAUACAAGUGCAACUAGUAGUUACAUUAAUAGAAACUAUUCAUAUGCAAAAGAAUACCUACUGAAAAAAUAAUUUGUUCAUUGUCCUCCUAAUUCGUCUAAAUUCGAAUUAGGGGACAAUGCAAAAAAUAUCCAACAUGCCGACACAACAACGAAGAACCCAACAACCAGAAAGACAUACAUAAUAAAAACGAAUCACCGCAGCGGACAGACAUACAGGCGUCAAAACAGCAUCAGCAGUGUCAGCAGCAGCAACAACAACAACAACAGCAGAAACAUCGAAGUAUAAACGCGGGAAUAAGUAACCACAUCAGGUUAUAUUCAUACUUAUAUUUAUAUUCAUUUUUGUACAUACAAUUCACAAUUAACCCUUGAUUGUAUAAACCCGCAUAAUUGUAUGUACUAACUCACCCAUACUAUACACAUAUUGUACCCUAAAACACACAAAUUGAAUUGUUACCAAAAUCUAUUUAUUUUAUUUAUUUAUAAUAAUUCAUAUAACAAAAAGAGUUUUAUUAUAUAAAUACAUAAAGGCAGCACUGGCUACGAGGCCUUCAGCCGCCUUGUAAUUAUAACUGGGUAAAAAGUUCUAUUUGCUAAGGGUUAGUAAAGAUGUAAGUUGCUUAAAUAUGUUUUAACAAAUCGUUGGUUUUUAAGAAUCUAUAUACAAUCAUAACGUUUUUUUCUGAAGGUUCACUUAGUAGUUUUAUGAGAUCAAUGUUGCCAGAGUUGUGGGCUGUUGAGUGAAGCAUCGGACAGAGUGUGAGUAAGUGUUUUAUAGAAGCGGUGUCAUCGCAAAGGGGGCAAAUAGAUGGGCUUUUACCCGAUAGUAAGUGGGCGUGUGUUAUGAUAGUGUGUCCAAUCCUAAAUCGAGUAUAUGUCUUCAUUGCGCUAGUUGGAACUGUUGACGAGUAGAUUAUUCGAUUUCUGGCUGGGUUUAUGUCCGCGUAGUGAUGUUUAAAUGUUUUCCAUUCGCUUGCGUUUUUUUGAUUCCUUUUGUGCUUAAUAAGGUUAGAAAUGUCUUGCUUGGAUGAGGCAUAGUAUGUUAAUGCAGGAGUCCUGGCUACAUUUUUCGCAGCGAGGUCUGCAAAGUGGUUGCCUGAAAUACUAGCAUGGCCAGGGAUCCACAUUACUUGGAUUUUCUGAGGGGCACCAAUGACCGCGUCCCUGAUAACUUCUAUAAUGGGAUUGCGAUUGGAAGGAGACGUUAUUGCAGACAUACACGAUUUGCUGUCUGUACAGAUGAGGAACUUUCCUUUAGUCUUUUUUGCGGAUUAACUGCGUGAAGGAUAGCAGAUCCUUCAGCGGUAAAUACAGAGCUCGUUGAGGGGAGAAGCCAAUUGCAAAUAAUUUCUCCUGUGGCAGUGACAACUGCUAACGAAGUGGAAGCGAUGGACUUGGAGGUAUCCGUAAACAAUAACUUCCAGCCAUUAUUUCUAUAAUUAGAUUCCAGUUCAGGUUUGUUGAAAGACUUCGUUUGGUGUGUUUUGCUUGGACAAAAACAUAAGCUUAUUCUGUAGGAUUUUAUCAUUGAUCAGACAGGGAGGAUGUCGUGUGGUGAAUUUGCAUAUUGCGUUAUGUAAAAUAUUAUUUUCUGCAGCGAAACUUAAGCAUCUCGAAAUAGCCGAUUGUAUUCUUGGAAUUUUUCUUGGCAUGGGUGAUAGUUAUAUUUAGUAAUGGGUUGGUGUUCUCAGCCGUUUUCGCAAGAAUUUGGAGCGAAGAAUCUAUAAUUUUAUUUUGAAUAGUUCGUAAACCAGAUUCAGCCAUUAUCGUUUUUAUUGGCGAGGUUGGAAAGGCCCGGAGACUUCGCCGUAUUGCGCAAUGGUAUGGAGCUUUUAAAAGUGUUGAGAUGAGCUCCAGUCGCCCGAACUAAUUCAACUAAAGGGCAUCACUGAUCAGUGAAUACAACACUCUCCACAUCGACAUGUUUAUUAGGAGAAAAAAACAGGGCAUCAGUGACCAGUGAAUACAACACUCUCCACAUCAACGCGUUAAUUGGAAAAACAGGGCAUCAUUGAUCAUCUCCACACCAAACUGUUUUUGUUCCAUUUUUCAUCUUAUACCAACGAGAAGGUGACGCUGUGCCGUUUUUUUGUUCUACACAGUUCUAGAAGUCACGUUCGCCGCUACACACGCGCCCGCACCGUCUAUUUAAAACCAUUUUUUUGAACUUUGCAUUUUUGGCACCCUCCGGUCUUUUUUAUAUAGAGAGCAUUCGUUUGGUGUUUGGCUUCUAUCCGUUUGAGAAAAAUUAAUACAUGGAUAUAUAUAUUAUUAAUCGAAGAAAUACCCGUUUUAUCCAAUGGCGUUUAUAUCAUUUCAUUUAUACCUAUAACUCUUGCUUUUUACACCAAAAGCAUAAUUUGAUUAAAUUUAUAAGUGCUUAUGUGAAGUCACUGUUGUACGUUCAUAAAAGAGGUUUGAAAAAUUAUUAAACAACACAGAAGUUAUGAGAUAUUUUUAAGUGAGCCGAUCUAUUGCGUUUAUUGAAAUGUAUUUCUAAAAAAUUCUGUAUCUCAAUAUUCCACUUUACCUAUAUACAAUAAUAUUAAGUGUAUUUUUGCUAAAUAAAUAAGUAAAAAUUAUAUUUGAAUGUACAUGAAACAUAAAGAAAAAAAAUUAUAUAUACGCCUAUGCAUACAUGAACAAUAUUAGUUUGUGCUUUUUUCGCUAAUUCAAUAAAAAAUUAAAUAAUCGAGUAAAUAAGUAUAAAAGGAACAGCAAAUUCAAAUUUAGUCGAAUCUGUGCCCGUAAGAUGAAUUGAUGUAUUGUAACUAAAAGUAAAGUGCGGUGCUUAGUAAAUAUUCAAUAAUUUGUGAAACUGAAAAGUAAAUAUGGUCCUUCGAGGAAAAAAAGAACGGCACUAUGGCGGAAAAUUAAAAUAAAAACGUUUAAAAAGUGAAUAGUGGAAAUUCUUGGCGUGCGGUAAAACAAAUUAAAAUCAAAACGGUUCAAAAGUGAAUAGUGGAAAUUCUUGGCGUGCGGUAAAACAAAUUAAAAUAAAAACGUUUAAAAAGUGAAUAGGGGAAAUUCUUGGCGUGCGGUAAAACAAAUUAAAACCAAAACGGUUAAAAAGUGAAUAGUGGAAAUACAUACAUAUACAUAGAUAUAUACAGUUACGGCCAAUAACACAGAAGCAUCCAUGUAUAUAUGUAUGUAUAUACAUUGGCAAGCAAAAUUACAAUUUUUUCGAAAAAGUGCAGUGACAAUAAAUCAACAAUAACAUUACAAAAAAAAAAAAUAAAAGCUUUUUUAAUAAACCAACAUAUUCACCUAACCCAACCUGCGGAGACACGAGGAGCUGAGCAUAUCUGAAAAAGGCAAAACCUGUAUGGAGACCCCUACGUUCCCCAGAACAUCAAUACAAGUGAGUCGUAUCGAUUCCCAUUAGUAUAUUAUCACACUAUAUGUUUAUAUUUAAUAUAUCUUAACUUAUAUUACACAUAUAUAUCAUCAUUCUACCUUUGGCGUAUACUUCGGGUUUUGCGCUCUUCAAAAUACAUACGCGUAAUUAAAAUUUAUAUAUACUACUUACAUAUACAAAAAAAAAAGGUGCGUGGAGUCCCUACGCGCGGAUGAAGUUAUACUUCUUAGUGAUAUUCAGAAAUGCAUAUCAUUUUGUAUGAAAGAAAACUAGAAAACUUAAAUUCACAUUUUAUAAAUUUAUUAUGCACAUAAAAUGAAGAAUAAAGCAAAGUCUAAAUGAAUGAAUUUUGACUCAGAAAGUAGUUCCGUCUCUUCGUUGCGGAAGAGAAUAUGCAGCGUAAUCAUCUCUCUUUUGUUCUUCGCCAAUUUGGCUGCCGGAUUGACUUGUGAAGAUCAAUUUUUUGUUGGUGACAUAUUCAUAUGUGUACGCAUAUGUAUGUUUGUAUGCUUGUGAUUUAUUUGUUCGGCAAUGUAUGCAAGUAUAUGUACAUAUAAGUAUAUAUGAAUGUAUGAACAUGCAAGUCAAUGCGCGCACAUGCGUAUACAUACACUCAUAUGAGCAUGUGCAAAUACACAAGAUAGGAUAGAAGAUGUAUGCCUUUUAACAUCGUAUACUAUACAAAUAAAUAUUUUUCUUACUAAUAGAAAUUAAAAUAAAGAAAAAUAUUUAUUUUUAUAGUAUACGAUGGUUCUAAUAAUUUUGUUUAAGUAUAGAAAUAUACAUACUUUGUAGAACAUUUGCUUUCGCAAUAAAUUUAUCACAGCAAUACAUAUGCAUAAUAUGUAUAUACAUAUACAUAACAUUGCUGUGAUGCCCUGAGAAGUAUAGUCUUAAUAAAUUUAUUUUUAAUUUUUUGCUUACUAAUAGAAAUUAAAUUUAUCACAGCAAUAUUAUGUAUAUGUUUAUGUAUAUUGCUGUGAUAAAUUUAUUUUCUAUUAGUAAGAAAAAAAUAUUUAUUAGUAUAGAUUUCCAAAAGCACAGAAAUGAUUCUGUGAAUUUAUUCACCACUCAGAAGUCAUUUUAUCCCUUAUAAGCGAGCGAUUUUUUUAAAUCUCACGCUCCCAGAUAAAACCAUAUACCUCGUCCUCGUGGGUCAGUUUCAAAAACCACAGAAAUGAUUCUGUGUGAUUCUGAAAGGCCAACGCAGAGUAUUUCAACCAAAACAUACGUAAAAUAGUUGAGAAUUCGCAGAAAUGAAACACAAACGAAAGAAAAAGAAGUAUAACUUCAAUAAUGCACAAGCAUACAAACAUACAUAUGCGCACACAUGUGAAUAUGUCACCAACCAAAAAUUGAAACAUUGUUCUACAAAAACAACAACAGCAUAAGCAUGGAACAUUGUGUUGUGUUGUUGUGUCGGCCGAGCUGUGCCGAAAGAAACGAACAAACGAUCGCCGAUUGUCACCGCUUCGCUUGCUGCUCGCACAUCUUCGCAGGCAAGGUUGCGUUACAUUCAUAUGGAUGGAGCGAGGUUGCGCAACUUUGCGUUACUUUUAUAUGGAAGGUUGCGCAACCAGAAUCUAUCGCAACCUUUUCCGGCGUCGUAUAAGAAGUAUAACUUCAAAAAAAAAAAUAUAUGUAUAUAUAUAUAUAUUUAUAAUAACAUAUAUUUGGGGUACUCACGACCCGUCGUAAAGCAUCGAAAAAUCGUAAAAUUAUACAGUUUUACACUGGUUUAAAGAGAAAAAAAAAAAUUUUGUUGGGUUUCAUACCAAAAUGAGUUUACACAUUUACAAUUCUCAAUGAUAUGUUUUCGAAUCAUUAUAACCUAUAACUUUAGGAGACUUGUGAAAACCCUAAUUAUCUAUACUAAAAAUUUUAGAAAUCUAUACGUACAUACAAUUAUAUAUAUAUAUAUAUAUACAUAGAUAAAUAAAUAAAUAUUUUCAUACGUACUAAUCUGUACAUGCUCACAUAGUACGUACUUAUAUUCAAAGUGACCGCUUUAACGAGUACACAAACAGGGACAUUCAGAUAAGUCCGCAUAUACAUAAUUAAAAAUUGAAAUGAACACCGAUUCAAAGGAAUCUAAAUCGCAUCAAUUACUAAAAAUACCAAAAAUGGUUUUGGAUGAAAAAAGUCCAUGUACACCGGCAGAAGCUACACGCUCGAAGCAAGGUGCUACAAAACAAAAACGGGGUAAAGACAUUUCGUACGCUAAAUUUUUAUCAGAGAGUGACAGCUUAAUACGAUACUGCACUCGAUUCUCAUCUUCGCCGAUUCUAGAUAAUUCUGAAUUGGUACUAGAAAUCAAGAAUCAAAACCUUGACAAUUUUUGGACACGUCUCCAAGCGGCCUAUGACGCCAUUGUAGAAACGGAUGAUUCGGAUCUUCCGGAAAAUUUCAAAACCUCGGCUUACUCCAAAUAUGAAAAUUGUCUUGACCAAUAUGAAGAGACAAAAGCCAUGAUCGCUGAUCAAUUAAAAUUAACAAGGUCAAUCGCACCAAAUCCACAACUGAGAGUAGAGUUACCACAAACACAGGCCCAAGAGGCAAGUUCAGGUAUUCACCUCAAAGUGCCAGCAUGUGACACAGAAAUUUUUCAUGGGGGUUAUGAACAAUGGCCGUCCUUCCGGGACAUGUUCACCGCCGUUUACAUAAACCACCCAAAGUUAUCUAAUGCACAAAAAUUGUAUCACCUCCGAUACAAAACAAAAGGUCAAGCAGGCGUCAUAGUAAAACAGUUCGCUCUUAAUGACAACAAUUUCAAUUUAGCUUGGGAAUCUUUAAAAGAACGAUACGAGAAUGAAAGAAUACUGGUCGACAAACAAGUGACCAUAUUAAUGAAUUUACCAAAAAUUCAGAGAGAAACAAGUGAAGAAUUCAUAAAACUUCAAUCCACUGUUUCGAAUUGUUUGUCGGUUCUAACGACACAAAAUAUUCCCACUGACAAUUGGGACCCCAUACUGGUAAACAUAUGCUCCGCGGCAUUACCAGAAAAAUCGUUGCUUUUGUGGGAGCAAUCGCUCUCUUCGCGAAGAAAGUGCCCAACGUGGCAAUAAAUGAAAGAUUUCCUAACUACCCAAUAUGAAAUCGCGGAACGGGUAGAUAAAAAAAUGGUCAGAACUAAAAACGUUCAACAUGACUUAAAUCGCAGCUUCAUGCGACCCCAAGCUAAUAACAACAACAAUUUAAAUCGUAGUUUUUUCAAAACACAAUCGUUCACUUCUGAACAAAACAAUCAUACGUCAUGCGAACUAUGCACAGGAGGGCAUAAACUCAAAUCUUGCGAUAAGUUUAAAAAAUUGAAUAUUAAUGAAAGGAACAACUUUGUCAGAUCAAAAAGACUCUGCACAAAUUGUUUGUCCCAUUUUCACAAUCUAAAUAAUUGCGAAAGCAAAUUCAAUUGCGUAUAUUGCCACAAAAGGCAUCACUCAAUGUUGCACUUCAAUAAUUUCUCCAAAACACCCCAAACUAUCGCUUUCCCAAAAAGAGCCACGGGUUUAGUUGCAACCGCAACUCCCGAAUCUCAAAAUUCCGAAAUAUGCCAAGAAACUCCUUGCUGCUCAAAGGCUGUAAAAACUCAAACGCUACACAGCGAAAAUCAAAGUAGGGUACUACUACCCACAGCAGUCGUCUCCAUCGAACAUCGAGGAGAACUGUUUAAGCUCAGAGCCCUAAUAGACCCAGGAUCACAACGAUCUUUCAUAGCGUCUAGGGCACAAAAUAGGCUAAAACUGCCAACAAAACAAGCCAACUUUGAAAUUACGGGAAUGGGCGGACGAGUAGUACAAAACUCAAGUAAAAUCUGUCCCAUUACCCUAAUUUCCCCCCAAGCGGAUAAGCGCAUUCAAGCAGAUGCAAUAGUCUUACCGCAACUAACCAAUAUGUUACCAAGCUAUCACAUAAAUAGCAAGCAAUAGCACAAGGUUACACACCUAAAGCUAGCAGAUCCCAACUGCAACACCCCCGCUCAAAUAGACCUUCUAUUAGGCAGCGAUCUCAUAUCGCAAAUUAUACUAGAAGGUGUUGAGAAAAUUUCUAAAACACUGCUGGCGCAAAAUACCAUUUUCGGAUGGGUCCUAAGUGGACUAGUUGCGGAACCAGUCACGGCAAUGACAACUCAAGUUGAGGAAAUCUCAAACGAGUACCUCAAUUCACAAUUGAGAAAGUUUUGGGAGUUAGAAGAACUCCCCUCCAUUUCAAUUACAACACCAGAAGAUCAGUAUUGUGAAGACUUUUACAAAGCCACAACUACUCGAUCAGCUAAUGGUCGGUAUGUCGUCCGACUACCACUAAGACAACAAUUUCCAGACACACUCGCCUUAGGUCACUCUCGCACCUCUGCAAUGCAGCAGUUUCUAAGUAUGGAAAAAACCUACUUAGAAAAGGUGAGCUAAAACAAGAUUAUGAUGGUGUCUUGGAAGAAUAUCUUCAUUUAAAUCACGUGGAGGAAGUAAGCCCAUGUGAAAAAAUCAUAAGAGGCAAAUAUUACUCUUUCUACUUGCCACAUCAUGCAGUAGUAAAGCCUGAGAAAAAAACAACCAAAGUUCGAGUUGUCUUCAAUGCCUCAAGAACCACUAGCUCGGGGAACUCCCUACACGAUAUCCUGUUUACGGGACCCACGCUCCAACCUGAUUUAAUGCUGCUUAUUCUAAACUGGCGUAGUUUCAAAUACGUUUUCAACGGGGACGUCGAAAAAAUGUAUAGACAAAUAGUCGUACAUAAAGACGAUCAAGAUUUUCAGCGCAUUAUUUUCCGAAAAUCCCCCAAUAGUCCACUUCGCGACUUCAAGUUAAAAACAGUUACCUUUGGCGUAAACUGUGCCCCAUAUCUAGCCAUCCGUACACUCCACGAACUGGCAGAAGACACAAAGUCAGAAUUUCCUCUGGCAACAAAAAUCUUAAAAACACAAACGUAUGUAGACGAUAUUCUGUCUGGGAGCCACAGCCUCUCACAAGCAUACGAGUCCUUAUCACAAGUGACAAAGGCCCUCAACACAGCAGGGUUCCCCCUAAAAAUGAUUACGGCAAAUCACUAAAAUAUAUUAAAAGACAUACCAAAAGAAAAUUUGUUGGAUACUAAUUUCCGCAUAUUCGAAGAGGAAAGUACCACAAAAACUCUAGGCAUCCAAUGGAAUGCGGUAUCGGACCUUUUUUUCCUAUACGACCGAGUCCAUAUCCGCAUUAUCCGCCGUUACAAAACGCCAAAUUCUCUCUUCUGUGGCAAAACUUUUUGACCCCGCAGGAUGGCUUUCGCCAAUUAUGAUACAAGCCAAAAUCCUGAUACAAGAACUAUGGCUAGAUGGUACCGACUGGGACGAGCAAGUAAAACCACUUCGUCUAGAAAAGUGGUCCCAGUUCGCGAGUAAUUUGAGCGACAUCUCGCAGAUACAAAUUCCACGGUGGGUAAACUAUUCUCCCGAAUACAAAGUGGAACUACACGGCUUCUGUGACGCCUCUGAAAAAGCAUAUUGUGCCACCAUAUAUGUGCGCACACAAAGCGAUACCGCAACCACAAGCCACUUAUUAGUGGCAAAAGCAAAAGUUGCGCCUCUAAAAACGGUAAGUCUACCACGACUUGAACUAUGCGGCGCCCUGCUACUAGCAAAACUAGUUUCCAUGGUGCAGACCCACUUAGACAUGGCAAAAUACAAGCUAUAUCUCUGGUCUGAUUCCGAAAUAGUCCUAGCCUAGUUGGAAAAACCCCCACAUGCGUGAAAAACAUAUAUUUCCAACCGAACCUCGCAAAUACUUGACCUAGUGGGAUCCGCCCCAUGGCGACACGUACCCAGUGCUGACAAUCCUGCCGAUCUAGCUACAAGAGGGUGCAAACCCCUGCACCUGGCCACCACCACGCUCUGGUGGAAUGGCCCUCGAUGGCUAGCAGAAUCUUCCGAUUCUUGGCCACAAUCGCCACUGCGCAACAUAAUUGCGCCCGAGAGUCGAAAAAUCAACACCUACUACACAAUAUUGGAGGAUAAUGACAUCCUUGAACGAUUUUCAUCGUUCCCCCGAGCCCUCAGAGUCGUCGCCUAUAUGCUCCAGU